UCGAUUAUUAUAGACGUUAAUUUGUAAUUUUCAUCCUUUGUUUGUGUUUAAAAUGUAUCUAGAAAUGUUAGCUAGGCUCGAUCAUGAGCAUAAAAUUCAAAUGUCGUAUUAACACUACAAAUGAUGUUCUCUCAGCUUUUUGGGGGAUUUUUAACGGAAUUUAAAUUGUGCGUUUUGAUGUUGGGGUGUAUGUUAAAGUUUACAGUUUUCGUGUUAAAAAUUGGGCAUUUAGUUGAAACUAUAUGCAAAAGGAAAACUUAAUAUCUUCAUAAUUUUGUUUGGUUGUAAGUACAAUACUUGGGCAGCCCUCCCUUCUAAGGAAGGUGAGGCACUGGGGACCAUGAGUGGGAAUGGCCCUCAUUCAGAAGUGCCAAUGUACUAUGAGGUGGAAGUUGAUCCCCUGGAGGAGGGAGAUGAACGAGACACUAAGAUCCGCUUUGAGAAAGAUGAUCUGAUUCCUGAAUCUUCAUCCUCCUCCGGCCGUGUCUACGACCGCACCACUGUACUGAUCGAACGGGACCCGAUUCGAUUAGAUGAGGAGGGGGAGGAAGAGGGUCACUGUGGAGGAGAUGAUGAUGGAGUCACCUUCCUAACUGAAGGAGAGGGUGAUGGCGAUGAGGAGGAUGGCUCUUUGGGCUUUAUGGCCGACACUGACGGGAUGUCACAGGGUUAUGUGCACCAUACAAUUUCACCGGAUCAGAUCCAGUUCACAAUAAACCCAGGUUCCACACCAAUGCCGCGCAACAUAGAGGGAGCCACGCUCACGCUGCACUCGGAGUGUCCAGAGACUAAGCAGAGAGAGGUAAAGCGGUACCAGUGCACAUUUGAAGGUUGCCCAAGGACUUACAGCACAGCAGGAAAUCUGCGGACGCAUCAGAAGACACACAGGGGCGAGUACACCUUUGUGUGCAAUCAGCAGGGCUGCGGGAAGGCCUUCCUCACCUCGUACAGUCUCAAGAUCCAUGUCCGUGUUCACACAAAAGAGAAACCUUUCGAGUGUGAUGUGCAAGGCUGCGAAAAGGCAUUUAACACGCUGUACAGGCUAAAAGCACACCAGAGACUCCACACAGGCAAGACGUUCAACUGUGAAACAGAGGGAUGCACAAAGUACUUCACCACGCUCAGCGACCUGAGGAAGCACAUUCGCACACACACUGGGGAGAAGCCAUUUCGGUGUGAUCAUGAUGGAUGUGGCAAAGCCUUUGCGGCAAGCCAUCAUCUAAAAACGCACGUACGGACACACACGGGGGAGAAACCAUUUAACUGUCCCAGCGAUGGCUGUGAGAAGACGUUCAGCAGUCAGUACAGUUUAAAGAGUCACAUCCGAGGCCAUGACAAAGGGCAGCCUUUCAGUGUCACCCUGACCCAUCCACACUCUGAAGAUGCAAAUCAUUCACUGUGCCUCAGUGACCUGAGCCUGAUCUCUACAGAUCCAGAGCUUAGGGAGAGCAUUAGUAAUUCACAAAAUCUGGACCUCAGUGUGACUCAGGGGAAAAUCUUGGAAUUCAUCUUCCAGAGUCCUGAGAACAGUGUCAGCCAAGAUGAUGGCCACCCCAAUGAGAGGCUUGCCGAAGCGUUUAGUCAAGAAACUCAACGAGGAAUGACAGAAGCCUCCUCUAUCAUCUCUUUUUCUGUCAAUCCUACAUACUCAUCUUCCUGUUCCCACAAUGCAGCUGUCGUUGAGUCUUCCUCACAGCAUUGUCAGAGCUAUUCUUCUCAGACUUCCACAGUCAGCGCUGCUGUCAGCUCAACACAGCCUCCCCCUUUUACACAACUGAGUGGGCCUCAGCAGAUCUCGGAUGUGCCUCAGGCUUCAGUUCAAGCAAACAAUGUUACACCCCAGCACUAUGUGGCGCUGCAACCCACAUUCCUGCCCUCGGAAGGUGACACGCAAGCCAGUGUUCAUCCUCCAGCUGUUCCUGCACUGGCCCCCACACCGCCUGGCCCUGUUGCUGUUGCAGCCCCCCCAGCAGAGGGUCUGGUAGCUGUCACUCAGCCAGUGCCUUUGGCCAAUCCUCCUGUCACUAAUAGCGGUCCCAGCCUGGCUCCGGCUCCCGCCACCAUAACGAUAGCAUCAACCCCAAACCUGCUUCAGCCCAGCCUGGUCAUGUCUGACCAAAACCUACAGUGGAUUCUUAGCAGUGCUGCCAACAGUCAGCAGAACCUGGAGCAAACACCCCAACAAGGAACUCCAAAAGUUGAAAAGGUCUUCUUCACUACAGCCAUACCAGUGGGAGCAAACGCUGGCAGUUCAGUCCAACAAAUUGGGCUCAGUCUGCCAGUCAUCAUCAUCAAACAGGAGGAAUCAUGCCAGUGCCAAUGUGCCUGCAGAGAUUCUGCUAAAGACAAGAACGCAAAGAGUGCCUCCUCUAUCAGCUCAGCCCCAGCGCAGCCGCAGCCACAACAGCAGCCGCAGCUGUCAGAUCCCCCUUCCUCGCUGGCAUCCGGACCUUCAAACCAACCUGCCGCCUCAUCAUCCUCUUCAUGCUGCCUUCCCAAGUCUUCCUCCACAGCGGAUGAGUUGAGGCCCGAUGCCCCUUCUUCUUCUCCUCCCUCCUCAUCCACAGCUCAGACCUUUUCCACUUCUGUGAGCAACGCAGCCACAAGCACCCCCCCAACCGAUGGCUUUGCCAGCAUGGACGUCUCAGACUUCCUUUCCAUGCAGAGCCCCGAGACGGCCGCUAACCUUGAGGCUCUCUUGCUGGUGGCAGAUGAGUUCAACAUGGCCACAGAUGGGAACGCCUAGAGGAAGCGCUUUCCUCAAGUCUGGCCUCUUCGUGUGUUGCACCUACAACACCGACGACUCUCCUCAGCAAUGCUUUUUGUUUUGCCUUGUGUUUCUGAAGUGCAUCCAGAAUAUAUCCAUACCUAUAACUUGGAAUAUGUUUUCAGUUGAUUCGUUUUGCAGUAGCAUAGUCUUAAAGGACAGAAAUUACUCAUUUAGAUUUAGUAGCUUUUAAUGCUAGAAAAAGGCCAGGAAGUCUUUUGUCAUUUUGAUUUGUAUAUAUAAUUAGUAAAUAUAUAAAUUUAUAACAAAUGUUGUCAAAGCACUGAUAACCGGUACUGUAUUGCAGGUCCUAGCAAAGGCUUAGUUUGUAUGCAAUUGCCCAGAAUGCACUGUAUUUUGGUGAACUUGACUUUAACCAAUCAUUGCUUUGUAAUCGACAACGGUUGAAGCGCAUCGUCUCACGUGUAGUUUGGAGUAUUAUUGAGGAAGAUGGUUCAGACCAUGUGAUCAUUCUUUUUCUGCGUCUUUUAACCUUUAUUUACUCAUCAGGAAAAGAGCCUGUGAUCAGAUAUUUAAAAGUCGCAGUAUGACUUUGAACUAAAGAAUAUUGAAUGCUAAUUUAUUUAAAGGCUUGACUGAUCUAUUCAACUGAUAAUUGUAUCUUAGUGAGAGAGAGAAAAGAAUUAAUAUAUUGUUCUAGUUGUUUAGUUACUGAAUUGCUUUCCCUACCUAACGUGCAUUGCUAAAAGCAAGUUUGAGCAAAGAGGCUCCCGCAGUCGACUGCACAGCGAAGCAAACGAUCCCCUCGGCUCAGUUUGCCCGCAGUUUGAACGGAAAGCAACUACUGUCAACAUCCCGUGAUACUUUUUAGGGGUCGUGAUCCUCUCAGGGAUGCAUUAAGUCAUAACCGAUCCCAGAUCUUCUAAUUUGUUACUCAGAUGUGUUUUCAUGGCUGAAAGGCCCAAACUCAUUAGCCCUACGUUCUGCUGCACUCUUCCCGUUUAUUGCACACUGUCCUGCGUGGAGGAAUGGGACAGCUUGUGAGCCGAGGUGCAGCACCACUACAGACUUUGUAUCACAACUGCUGUAAAGUAGCAUUCGAGCGACAGUGUCCUGGUGACCGUGUAAAUAUCUGAAAUUCUAUUGUAAACAUUUUUGAGAAAUGUAUAGAUAAUUCUACUAAUUGUAUUUUUGUAAAGAUUUUUGAAUUAACAGAGUUUAUGGGUAA